AUGGCAGAAGCUUGUCCUGUGAAAGAGAAAUAUGAACGUUUACCCAAAUUCGCUGUACCAGAACAUUAUGAGUUGAAAAUUAUUCCAGAUAUGAACUCUUUCACAUUUUCUGGAAGUUUAAAUUUAACGAUUCGAAUAAUUUCCCCAACGGAUGUUAUAAAACUUCACCAGAUGUCCAUCACAAUUAACUCAGCAAAAGUGACGUUAGAUGAUGGGUUAGUGUUGAAAGAUUUGCAUCAUUCUUACGACCCUAAAUUCAAUAUUGUCACAUUUGAACUUGGUACACAAGUUAAUCCAGAAACGAUUACUCUUGCACUCGAAUAUACUGGAGAAAUAAAUGACAAAAUGCGUGGCUUCUACAGAAGUUCCUACAAAGACGAACAGAAUCGGGAGAAAUUUCUCGCAUCCACUCAGUUCGAGUCCACAUACGCUCGAUAUGCGUUCCCAUGUUUUGAUGAACCUAUUUACAAAGCGACAUUUGACAUAUCGUUAAUUGUUGAUCCUGGAAUGACUGCAUUAUCGAACAUGCCAGUUAUAACUGCUACACCAUGUGAUUUUCAUGGUGUGAAGAAAAUCUGGAUGAAAUUUGACAGAACACCGCAAAUGUCUCCUUAUCUUGUCGCCUUUGUGGUUGGAGAAUUGGAUUAUCUUCAGACCUCUUCGAAAAGUGGUACAAUAAUAAGGGUAUACACUGUCCCCGGGAAGAGAUGUCAAGGAACAUAUUCAUUGGAUCUUGCAGCUAAAGCAAUAGAUUUUUACAAUGAUUGGUUUGGUAUAGACUAUCCACUUCCGAAAUGCGAUCUCAUUGCUAUUCCGGAUUUCAGUAUGGGUGCUAUGGAAAAUUGGGGAUUAGUGACGUACCGUGAAGUUGCUCUACUCAUCGACCCAACAAAAUCGUCAACACGUCAAAGAUCUCGUGUGGCGCUUGUUGUCGGUCAUGAGCUUGCUCAUUUUUGGUUCGGAAAUCUUGUCACUAUGAAAUGGUGGACAGAUCUAUGGUUAAAAGAAGGUUUCGCCUCCUUUAUGGAAUAUCUAUUCGUUGGUAACAUUUGUCCAGAAUUCAAGAUUUGGGAACAAUUUGUGAAUGAUGAGUUAGCACAAGGUUUCAGCUUGGAUUGUUUGCGAAAUAGUCAUCCAAUAGAGGUUGAAAUCGAUAAUCCUUGUGAACUGGAAGAAAUAUAUGAUAACAUCACCUAUGCUAAAUCGAACGCUAUUAAUCGAAUGUUGUUUUUCUAUUUGGGCGAGUCAACAUUUCAAACCGGAUUACGAUUGUACUUGAAGAAAUUCCAGUAUGAUAACGCUGUCACACUUGAUCUUUGGGAUGCACUGCAAGAAGCUUCCGGACAGAAUAUCGCCAAGCUUAUGUCAGGAUGGACCAAACAGGUGGGAUAUCCUCUUGUUACUGUAAGUGACAAGCAAGAUGGUACAAGCAGGAUUCUAACGAUUUCUCAACGAAGAUUCCUUGCCGAUGGAGGUGAGGAUUCGUCGAAUCCACUUUGGCAGAUCCCCGUAAAUGUUUGUGUUGGUUCGAAUCCGAAGGAAGUUAAAGGAAAAUUCCUUCUAAUAGAACGAGAACAAGAGAUUGAAGUGCCUAAUGUUGAAGAAAAAGAAUGGGUAAAACUGAAUGCCGGAGCAACGGGGUUCUAUCGAGUGGAAUACAGUUCUGAGAUGUUGCAAGCAAUGAUACCGGAUAUUGCCAACGGGAAAAUGUUACUUCUUGAUCGAUUCUCUGUCGUAAACGAUUUGUUUGCUCUUGUGCACGCAGGUCGAGCUCGUGCUUCCACAUUCCUGUCCGUCCUUGCAGCUCUAAAAAAUGAGGAAGAGUUCAUUAUAUGGCAGUCAUUAGCAGGAGGAAUCGAGGAUAUUGCGAAUGUUUUGGAAUAUGUUGAUAGUCCUAUUGCAAAACGAUUCAAUUCGUUCGUAAUAUCUGUAAUGUCAAAACUUGGUGCUCGCAUAGGAUGGGACUGUCACGAUGGCGAAGAUUCUCAACGUAGUAUUUUGCGAGCUAUCGUUCAUGGAAGACUAAUGAGAGCUAGUCAUGACGAAACUAUUGAAAAAGCACUCUCCUUGUUUUCGGAUCACGUACAAUCAAAGCGACCUCUACAUCCGGAUCUGCGCCUUUUUAUUUUUACGAGUGCGGCGAGAAAUGGAGGCGAAACAGCGUUCGACGAACUACUACAUAUCUACGAGGGUGUAGGAUUUCCGGAAGUUGAAAGGAACUGUAUGACGGCGCUGUCACAAACACAAAACCCCAACCUACUCCGGCGACUUUUCAGAUACGCCAUCAAAGAUGGAAAAGCACGUGCUCAAGAUCAUAUGUUGUUGUUCUAUGGAGCAAACAUAAGUAGAAUCGGACAAGAAUUCCUAUGGAAUUAUUUCAAAGAGAAUAUGUCUUUACUCAUUGAAAAAUUUGGAGGUGUUAAUUCGUCUCUUUUCCAGCGAUGCUUGAAACUAUCAAUUGAGCGACAAUGUUCAGAAGAAUUUGCGACGGAAGUGGAGAGUUUUCUCAGUAAGAGCCUAAAACCGCAAGAGUUACAAACACUCAGUCGACCUAUUAAGCAGGCAACGGAAUCAGUUCGGCUAAACAGAAAUUUGAUGCAGUGGAUUGUCAAUGAUAUCGACACAUUCCUCACUAGCCAAGGAAUGUAA